ACAGUUCCUCACUCUGUCUCUGCACAGACUCAGCAGAGGACAGUCCAGCACUCAGUGGUCAUUUAACGCUGAAAGAUGAACGUUUAUCAGGACACGCUGCCGAGGAGAAGAGUGGAGUCUGAGAGUGUGAAGACGGAGGACGUGUACCAGACUCUCCACCAGCCUCCUACAGUGAAGAACCCAAACUCAACACACGAGCCAGUCAGGAGCAGCAGGUUAAUGACGGUGCUGUUGAUCUUCAACACUCUGUUAUUGAUCGUUAUAGUGAUACUGAUUGGACUCUCCACUGCAAAUCAAUUACAACUUGCUGAAGUGAACAAACCAGAAUCACAAAGUGCUGAAGUGAACGAACUGAAAGCCUCUGGUGAGGACAGUGAGAGGGAGGAGCUGUGGCGUCUCCAUGACGGUGUGUUUUACCUGUUCUGGGAGGCUAAAGGGAACUGUACCGAGGCCCUGAACUUCUGUCGCGACAGAAACUCCAGAAUCGCCACCACUUCAAACUGGGAUCGACUUUUCAUGGAUGGAUAUUUUUACCACCCUGCAAAUCCUGAUUACGUGGACUGGAUUCUGUCUCAGGCAAACGGGAGGAAGCUGUGGGUGAACAUGGAUGGUGAUACAACUGGACACUUGAAUGAGACCCUCCGUCAGUGUCCGCUGGACGAAGAAAACCCAGGAAACUCAGAAGAUGUGCAGGGCUGGGUGUGUGAAAUCAGACCAUGGAGGUAUCGACGUUAUAGAAGUUAUGAAGAUUAUGAUGAUUAUCAUUUUCGGGAUAUUGUACCAAAGUAUCCCACAGCAGCACCUGAGCGUGAGAGCUCUGCGUCCUCUGCAGCGUCUCUUCUCUCUGUGAAGAUCUACAUUAUUACAGUGUCUGUUCUGGCUUCACUGCAUCCACUGCACUUCUGACCCUCCUCUGAGUCUGUGAAGAUCUGACUCCAUGCAGGACUGUAAAAAAUGCAGAGACUUAACAUAUUUAACUAAAUCUAAUCUCAGCUGUGUGAGUCAGUGAGUCACUGUUUCCUUUUAUUCCAGCUUCCAUUCUUUACAGGGGACUCACUUUCAGUUCCUCAAAGAGUCUGCAGACACACCUCCAAAGUUCAGUCUUAGAAGCUGGUUGAUCAUUUUCUGAAGUAAUCAAACACAUUCAGUGGUGUUGAGGUCUGGACUCUGGGGUGGUCAGUCCAUUGGUCUAAGAACGCCAGUAUGGAAGUUGUAGUAAAAGGUUUUCUGUUACUUUCCUGAUGUGGACAAAUGAACUUGUACUUAAUGUCUCUUUAGUUCGGAAAUGAAAUAAAUGACAGGGGUCUCUGACUUUUUCACAGUGCUGUGUUACUGUAAACUCUGUCAAUAUGUGUUAAUAACCUGUUUUCAAAGCUGCUUCCAGAAGAUCUGCUAUUAUAGAGGUCGUCACACGACUAAUCAGCUCCCUCUGAUUAGAAUCUUCUUCUUCUUUCCUGUGGAAGCUGAUCUUUUUCUCCACAUCGCUUCAUUUUGCACUGAUGAGCUUUUAGCUGAAUAAAUCUGACUCUGUGUGA